CGCCCCGCUUGGCUUUGCUCCGCUCAGCGCUUCUGAGGCAGACAAGUUCGGAGGUUCGGCUCGUUCGAGCAGUCAGUAGUGCAUUCAACCUGCAGCGGCACACACCACCGGACCAGCUGACCUCAACCAACCAUGUCGGCUGAACGAUCACUCAGGACCUCAAUGCAGGCGCUGCUACUGCUGGCGGGGCUCGCCGCCGUGCUGGCCGCCCCCGGCCCACAGCCCGGGCCCAACCCCUACCCCGUGGCCUACCCCGGGCCCAACCCCUACCCGCUGCCGCACCCCUACCCCUACCCCGUGGCGGCGCCUUACCCCGUGGCGCGCCCCCUGCCGGGCCCCGGCCCCCAGAACAGACCGCCCGUGUCCGACACCGCGCUCGAGAACGCCCUCGGCGACAGGCGGUACCUCCAGCGGCAGCUCAAGUGCGCCCUCGGAGAGGCACCCUGCGACCCCGUCGGCCGCAGACUGAAGACCCUCGCGCCCCUCGUCUUGCGAGGAGCCUGCCCGCAGUGCUCACCCCAGGAGACGCGCCAGAUCCAGAAGGUUUUGUCCCACAUCCAGAGGAACUACCCGCGGGAGUGGAGCAAGCUCAUCAGAGAGUACGCCGGGUAGUUCAUCGAGCCUACCGCAUCAUCUUUCUUACUUAAAACCAGUCAUAAUUUUUUUAUUUAUUGAAAAAUCGUUUUCACGUCACAACUCGGCGCAUUUUUAGCGCUAUGUUUCUCCUUCGAUUUGACAUUCCCCAUUUUAUUUUAUUUGUAAAAGAAGGGGGCAUUUCCUGAUGCAUCAUAUUGAUGCUCGUUACUUUUCCGAGUAAUUCACUGUGAUAAGCUUCACCUUUUUAUUUUUCAUACAUUUACCAUAGUACAUGUCAUGAUUUCGACUUUGAAGUCCAAUCGGACUAUGCUCAUCUUACAGCAAUUAAUGCCGUCCAAAAGUUGUGAAAACGUAGUCUUCUGUCUGUGAUUGUAUGCCUCUACGGGAGUCUUUGUGCGUGUUGGAGUUUCAAUUACCUUGCUGUACUUUCAUGGAGAUCUGCACUCAUUUCAUAGAUAGUCCUAAGGAAAUAUUUAAUACUUGCGGUCUGCACCAACGUCAUUUUUAUAAAAAUAAAAUUGUAAGUCAUUAAAUGUGAAUUAAAUUAAGUGUUUUAAA